ACUUUCCUCGUGUUGUAUGGAGCGUGUGUGCGCGCGCGCAUACACACACCCACACAAAACGUGGUUGUUCAGAAGCUUAGCACAUUUAGUUGGCUUGUAGCGUGAGGAUGAGAUGAUCUAAAUCUUGGCUGUUUGUAUUUUGUACAUAGUCAUAUUUGGUUUAAAAACAGGUAAACAGAUUUGGAACUGAGUUGCUAAUAAGCUCACAGAUUCCUGGCGAGUUAGCAAAACGUUUGACAGCCAGUUUAGUGAAUUGUGUUGUUGAUGUUGUGCUUGUGGUUUAGGGAUAAAAGCACAGCGCUGAAAGUUUUGGACUUAAACAGGGUUCAGAAUGUCCAUAAGCAGCCAGAAGACCAGCAGCCGCGCCAUCCCGACCACCAGACGGGUGAUCAUCAGCGACGCAGCCAAUUUCCCCCAUGAUUAUUCCAGCACACCUGGAGGAACUCUGUUUAGCACCACUCCCGGAGGAACCCGAAUCAUCUAUGACAGGAAGUUCUUGCUGGACUGUCGCAGCUCCCCGUUGGCCCAUACGCCCCCCAGCUGCCUGCCUGACAUCCCUGGAGUGACCAGCCCUCCUACAAACACUGUCACCAAUAACAAAACUCACCCUCAAGAGAGUGUCAGCAACAACAGCAUCCCUCCCAAUGACAAGGCCACAGGUGAAGACGCCCAGUUUGUAAUGGACAUCUAAUAACAUCAACAUUAUGGUGAUGACAGACCUAUAAGGAUGAAUGAAACAAGAUUUCUCCUGUCAUCUACCUUCUUUCAUUAUCUAGAGUUGUUUUCCUCCCCAUUAUUUCUGUAUCGCUGCUGUCAUUCUAGACAUGCACAAGACAUUUGCCAUCAAGUCUCAACACCAGCGCACACUGCUGUGCCAAAAUGCACUUGAGUUACUGCCAGUGCUCCUGCACAAGCACCUGCUCAAGAUGUGUGAAAUCCAACAUUUUUUGCUACUGCUGUGUAGUUUGCUAACAUGACCACUGGGAGGAGCAUUGGUUCAUUCUAUUGAUUUUUGUACCUCAUCUUGGAGUGAAGGUGUUCUCAGAUAAAAUAUUUCCCCAAACUUCCUGUGACAGUGUUUGCUUUUUUAUAAUGAAAAUGUAAGAAUUUUUCUUUUUCAUCUAAAUGCCUUUUCACCUUUUUUAUCGUUUUGGUUAUGCUGUUUAAAUCUCAUACAAAUGAGUAAUAAAUCCUCCCAUGUGAUUUAAUCAAAACAUGGAAAAAUGUAAUGAAUGAACAGUUUAAAGAAAUCUGAGAAUUCAUUCAUCUUUUUGCUUUGGUGUUUUAUGAUGUGAUGACUCUCACAA